UUUACUUUGAGGAUGAUAUGUUCACAUUAUUUUUGUGCUAGGAAACUGAAGAAGAAGUUACUGACACAGAACAAGCUGAAAACUGGUUUUCCCUAACUUCUGCACAGCGCAUAUGUGACAUGUUUCUUGCUCUUGAUAAAGAUAUGAACGGAACAUUGAGCAAGCAGGAGCUAAGGGAAUAUGCUGAUGGUACACUAACGGAUAUCUUCAUUGAAAGAGUUUUUGACGAGCACGUUCGGCGUGGAAAAAUUGGAGGCGGCAAUGCCCGUGAAAUGGAUUUUGAAAGCUUUCUUGACUUCGUACUAGCCCUGGAAAACAAGGAUGCUCCAGAGGGUUUAACAUAUUUGUUCAGGUGUCUUGAUCUCAAUGGAAGGGGUUUCCUAACUACAGCUGAUAUUCACACGCUAUUCAGAGAUGUCCAUCAAAAAUGGAUUGAAGGAGGGAACUAUGAACUCUGCAUCGAGGAUGUAAGGGAUGAAAUAUGGGAUAUGGUGAAGCCGACUGAUGCUUUGAGGAUAACACUGGCUGAUUUAUUGUCAUGCAAACAAGGUGGUACCGUUGCAAGCAUGCUAAUAGACGUGCGUGGUUUCUGGGCCCAUGACAACAGGGAAAAUCUUCUCCAGGAAGAGGAAGAACCCCAAGAAGAAGGAUGAGAAGGAUUCAAAGAGCAAAUCAUCUGUAAUUGCACUAACAUAAGAUCCUAGUUUGCAGAAUAGAUUAUCCUAUGUAGAGAAUUUGGUUUUACUUUAGUUGUGUGAAUGAGAAGUGGCUAACCAUGCUGUGAUUAGGUAGACUCUCUUGGAUGCUGAAAAAACCUCCAAGAGUUGUAUGUUUGAAAUCUUGUGUAGCAAACAGAUUCUUGAAACCUGAGAUGAAUACAGAAUCAAAGGUGCAUAUUGCUUGGUUCCGUAGGCA